AUGACACAAGGCAAUGGCACUGAAGUCACUGACUUCUAUCUUCUGGGAUUUGGAGUCGAGAGAGAUAUUCAGUGUGUUCUCUUCAUUGUGUUCCUUGUUAUUUAUGUGACAUCCAUGGUGGGUAACACUGGGAUGAUCCUCCUUAUCAACACUGACUCCAGACUUCAGACUCCCAUGUACUUCUUUCUACAACAUCUGGCUUUUGUUGAUAUCUGCUACACAUCUGCCAUCACUCCCAAGAUGCUACAGAAUUUCAUGGUAGAAGAUAAAUCAAUAACUUUUAAGGGAUGUGUAAUACAAUUAUUUAUUUAUGCUGUAUUUGCAACCAGUGACUGUUACCUCCUCGCUGUUAUGGCAGUGGACCGGUAUGUGGCAAUCUGUAAGCCCCUUCGCUACCCCAUAAUCAUGUCUCGGCAAUUCUGUGUUCAGUUGGUAGCUGUUUCUUAUCUCAUGGGAUCAAUAAAUUCCUCAGUACACACAGGAUUUACAUUUUCACUGUCCUUCUGUGCAUCAAAAAUCAAUCACUUUUUCUGUGACAUUCCGCCAAUUGUCACUCUUUCAUGCUACAACAAUGACACUAAUUUCAUGCUAAUUUUGAUUUUUGUUGGAUUUAACCUAACAUUCACUGUGUCAGUUGUUAUCUUAUCAUACAUAUACAUCAUGGCCGCCAUCCUAAAGAUGUCCUCUGCUGCAGGGAGGAAGAAAACCUUCUCCACAUGUGCCUCCCACCUGACAGCAGUCACCAUCUUCUAUGGAACCCUUGCUUACAUGUACUUACAGCCUCCUUCAGACAAUUCCGAGGAGAAUAUGAAAGUGGCCUCUGUGUUUUAUGGCAUUGUGAUCCCCAUGCUGAACCCUCUGAUCUACAGCCUGAGAAACAAGGAAGUCAAAGAUGCUAUUAAAGCCACAGGGAAAAAGUUCCUUAAAUUGGAUUUAAAUUAUUAA